UAAUUCACUCUAUAUAAAUCACGCAUCAACCGCUGCAAUUGCAUUCACCAAAAUUUGGAGCCAAAAUCACAAUUUCCCCCAAAUCUCAAUCUUCUUCAACAUUUCCAUGAACACAGAAACAAUGGAAGCUGAAAUUGCAAUUGCAUCCGAAUUCGAUUCAGCUUGGCUCCAAUCCGUACAGGACUAUCUCCUCAGCGACGCCGAUUUCCCGAUCCGCGACGCAGCAGCGCUCGCCAGCGACGACAGCGACGACGCUUCGUCGCAGAUGAUCAAGGAGCUGAUGUGCUGCGGCGGUGACGGAGGUGCGUCGGCGGCGGCGGAUUGGAAGCGGUACAGAGGCGUGAGGAGGCGGCCGUGGGGGAAGUUCGCGGCGGAGAUAAGGAAUCCGGAGAAGAAGGGGUCGAGGCUGUGGCUGGGGACGUACGAGACGCCGGAGGAGGCCGGCUUGGCUUACGACAGAGCCGCGUUCAAGCUGCAUGGGUCUAGGGCUCGGGUCAACUUCCCUCACCUCAUCGGGUCGGGUGCUUCCGAACCGAAUAGGGUGGGUAAGCGACGUCGUAUUUGUAUAGAUGGUCGGCGUCUUCGUUAAAGCCGAGCAAAAUCUAAAUAAUUUCAUUUAGUUUUUAAUAAAUGUAAUUUGCGGAAUAUUAUAAACUGUAAUUUUUAGAGCAUAAAAUAUAAAGUGUUGAAUGCUUUCAAUUAA